UUGCUUUGCCUUUGCCUUUGCCUUUGUCUCUGCCUCUGCCUUUGCCUCAACUGAUCAUGUGAUGCAAGUUCAUGCUCCAGAAAAGGAAGGUACCGCUCGAGUGGUUGCAGUUGAGUCAAGGGAAUUCGAUAACUUUUGGAAGAUAAGCCCACCCUCGUCCUUAGCUAUAGCUGUAGCUAGGUGUUCGCCCUUGAAGCUUCAUUCUAUAAAUUGGACCUGCACUGGAGAGGGCACAAUUGAGCUCCUUCCAAUUUCAGAUACACAGCUAGCUAGCUUCCGUACAAAAGAGAUGUGCCGAUCGAAGAGUUUCACCAUGAAAGAGCUUACUCAAGGCGGUGGGAACCAAGGUGACUCAAUUCACACUGGAGGCACCAUAGAUGGCUCAGGGCGCCUCCGCACAGAAAACGAGCAAAGAUUGGAAUUUAGCAUUGGAGGUGCCUCAGUUGAGAAUCAAGGCACCUCAGUUCGGACUCCAGCUGCCUUAUAUGAGACUGAGAGCACUUUCGAGAGGAUAACCUCCGCAGUUUGUGUUAGAAUUUAAGAGAUGUCCUAAGGCAAUCGCAUUACGAUUUUUUUUAUUUAUUUGAUAAGUAUAGAUUCACUAUUUGAGUACAUAUUAUAUGUUUAAUUAUCUUAAACUCAUUUACUAAA